CGGCUGCGCCUGCUGUGCCAGCGCUACCAGGAGUACGUGAGGCGGCACCCGGCCGCCACGGCCCAGCUGGAGGGCACUGUGCGGGGUCUCUCCUACCUGCUGCCAGGUCGCUUCUCGGACUCCUACGCGCUGUCGGAGCUGGUGUACUCUGCCUCCAACCUCCUAGUGCUGUUAAACGACUGGAUUCUCCGAAAGGAGCUGCAGCAGAGCCUACCCGUGUCGCUGCCCCAGCAGAAGCUGCUGACCUGGCUGAGUGUGCUAGAAUGUGUGGAAGUCUUUGCAGAGAUGGGGACAGCCAGGGUGUGGGGGGAGAUGGGCCGGUGGACCAUCAUUGUCCUCAUCCAGCUGGCUAAAGCCAUCCUUCGUCUCCUGCUCCUGCUGUGGUACAAAGCUGGCAUCCAGACAUCUCCUCCCAUCGUGCCACUGAACAGGGAGCAGCAGCAGCCUCUCCACCCCCAAGACAUGGAAGACACCUCCUCAGGGAAGGAUCAGACCUAUGUUGGCAGGCGUUCCAGCCGUGUUGUGCGCUCUCUCCAGAGCACCCCAUCCUUGCAGUCCCGGCACUGGGGAUCCCCCCAGCAGAGGGAGGAGUCACAGAGCCGAAGAGCAGAGGAGUUGAACCAGCCUCCCACCCCUCUGGGUCUCCAAGAAACCAUCGCAGAAUCCCUCUACGUUACCCGCCCUUUGUUCCACCUACUGAGUUUAGGAGUGUGGGGCCAGAGAUCGUGGAAACCCUGGCUCCUCUCUGCAGUCCUGGACAUCUCAAGUCUGAGCUUGCUGAGUGAUCUGAAAGACCUGAACAGGCGAGAGCGAGCGGAGCUGAGGCGACGAACCCUCCUACUGCUGUACUACCUGCUGAGAUCUCCUUUCUAUGACCGAUACUCAGAGGCUAGGAUCAUCCUCCUUCUGCGCUUGUUGGCUGAUUACGUGCCUGGAGUUGGCUUUGUCACACGGCCACUGAUGGAUUACUUGCCUGCUUGGCAGAAAAUCUAUUUCUAUAACUGGGGCUGAUGAGAAGAUGAUGAUUAUUCUCUACUAAGAUUGUGGCUGGACGUUUCUAAGGGCAAGCAGGCUCGGGGAGGGAUGUUGAUAAUGUCUAAUUUUCAGUUAAACCAUCACUGAGAAGCUCCUGAUCUGCACGGUGGGGAGGGGGGUGUAUGUAAUUUUUUUAACAGAUCUAGCAGUGGAUGAUGGACACUACAUGCGUGGCAAGACUUUGGCCAUCUCUUUCUCUGGACCAUUCUGUGGCUGCAGUGAUGAUGAUGAUGGGACAACUUCCUUUUUUAAGCACUUGAUUUUUCUCCUUUUGUACAGCUGCAGUAUAAUAAAACCGGGCAGCAUAGUGAUCUUUUGGAGAGCAUUGUCUCCCGCCUCAUGGUGCUGAGGUUGACCUGCAGCCUGCUUGUGUUGGCCAUGCCUGGCUGCUGUGCUUGGAGCAGGCUUGUCUGUCAAAUAAACUGACUGAAUGGAAAGAA